GGGACUGUGUUCAUGUAUAGAUGGAUGAGCUCUUGUACACAUAUCUGCUCAAUAGAAUCGUUGUUAGAAAAUUUAAUAAAUAUUUUUAAUGUUCUUUCUACAAAUAAUGAAAAUAAAAAAAACUUGGAAGAUUGGCAGCUCUGGCGAUCAGCUGAUGACCAAAACAAAGCAUCAUGGAGACUUUAAGGUCGUCGCUCGUCUUCUGUAUCAGGGCGAAAAUAAAUUUCUUAGGUUUUUCUGCAAUAAAACAUCGAAUGUGUCAUUCUGUUAGUCAGAUUGGGGAACAGAGUCAAGAUAUGUCGACACUGGUUAAAGAAAAUCGACCUCAGCGAUUUAUUCGAGCUGGGCAACCCACUCCUCACACACAUCCACAUCUUGUCCAACCUGGCGAGGUAACAUUUGGCAUAUCUAGUGGGGAAUAUAGUGAACGUCGUCACAAACUAAUGGAGAGUCUAAGGAAAGAAGAGGGUAAACACCAUGUUGUUAUUCUUCCAGCUACUCCAAAACGAUACAUGAUAGACAAAAUUCCCUAUUUAUACAGGCAGGACACUGACAUGCUUUAUAUGUGUGGAUGCCUGGAACCAGAUUGUGUACUUGUCCUUCACACAUUACCAGGCAAGAAAGCUCCAUUACACAAGUGUGUGAUGUUCACCCCACAUCAUGAACCUGGUCAAGAACUGUGGGAUGGCCCUCGUACUGGCCCUUCAGAUGCCCCAGGGGUUUGGGGUGUUGAUGCUGGCCUACCCCUCAGUGAUUUUAUUCGUUAUCUAGGCCAACUAGAAUCAGAUCUAAACUCCCCUACUCUGUGGUACCACUCUCAGUGUGCACCAAACCCAGAAAUUCAUCGUCAGUUGCAAGGAUGGCUGUUUGGAGGUCGUCAAGGAGGGAUGGAAUCGCCAAAAUAUCAUUUGCAUGCUCUUCGAUUAAUCAAGUCUCCCGCAGAAAUAGAAUUGAUGAGAAGAGCAUGUAGAAUAAGUGGAGAAUCUAUAGCAGCUACUAUGCGUGCUACUAGAGCUCCAGUGAUGGAACACCAAUUGUUUGCUAUGGUGGACUAUCAGAGCAGAAUGAGAGGUGCAGACUACUUAGCAUAUCCUCCUGUAGUAGCUGGUGGGCCCAGGGCCAAUAUAAUUCAUUACAUUAAUAACAAUCAGAUUAUUAAUCCAGGAGAGAUGGUGUUGAUGGAUGCAGGAAGUGAAUUCCGAGGUUAUAGUGGUGAUGUCACUCGCACUUGGCCUAUUAGUGGUGAAUUCACUUCAGCCCAGCGUGAUGUUUAUGAAGCAGUGUAUGAAGUACAGCAGGCUGUCAUAACUGCCUGCACUCAGCAUCCCACUCUAGAUCACUUGUUUUCUGUAAUGUGUACAAAACUUGGUAAAGUACUUCAAGAACUCUGCAUAUUACCUCUAAAUUUUUCUGAAGGACAGCUAAUGCGAGCUGCAUAUGGAUUUUGUCCACACCAUGUGAGUCAUUAUCUUGGGAUGGAUGUUCAUGACACACCUCUAGUGCCAAGAAAUCGUCCAUUGAAGCCUGGCUGCAUAAUUACUGUUGAACCUGGUAACGGUAUAAUUUUUUAUUUACAUUUUUAGUGUCCUGUUCUUUCUGGAGCUUCAUAUUAUUCAAGGGGAAAGCUACUCGCACUGGUGAGUCUUACUUGAACUAAAUGUGCAGUUCUGAUGGACAUGGACACCCACUAUAAUGAUUUAGGAGAGAUAUAGGAAAGUAUUGGUUUGGAAAUAUGGGUGUGGAUUAGAGCAGUUGGCUGCAAGCU